AGACGAAUUAUAAAUUAACAUUUGAUUUACAUAAUUGGAGCAUAGAUCGAAUGAUUUUAAAAAAUAAGAAACAUCAUACCAUAUCUACCAAAUCCCGAAUUUAUGUUCAUAAUUUUAAAUUGUCAUGAAUUUCAUCGCAUGAACCUACUAACAGCUGUUUGCCAAUAUUUAUCUCUACACCUGGUUUUGUUUAAAUGUUACUAUUCAGUCUAAUUUAUGUAUAAAACGCUUUGUAAAAAUGCACGGUUAGAAAUAAACAUAAAAAAAAUUAAAACCAAAACAGCCGCAAAAAAAAUUGGAAAGCGUUUUUCUAGUGCAAUUACUUAACCAACCGUAUUUGCCAAUUGCUGACUAAGAGGCGAAAGUGAUUGCAACAAAGUCCAAAUAUUAUCACUUGAUUCCGAUGGACACCAGCAGCAUAGUCCCCGCAGCUUCGGUCCGUCCAAUGCCGCCCGAGGAAUUAGCUCUGCAAUCCCUUACAAAGCAGUUGUACAAGUCGCGCCUCUUCCGAGGGUACUAUGUGGAACGCUGUUUUGUGGAGGAGGUGGGUGGCUACCGGGACGUGGUGGUGCUUCAGCGAAGUGAGCGAGAUCUAGAGAAAAUGCUUCAAAAUAGUGCCGCACAGCUGCAGAUGUUUUACCGGAGAUUAGUUCCCAACAUGUGGGUGGGAAUAACCAGCGGCAGCUAUGGUAGCUACACGCAUACAGUCCACCCGGGCCAGUUGGAGACUUGUAUUUGGACGGAGCUGAGCGACUUGGCGUUUGGGGAAUACUGGUUCAGUAUAAAGACACUACGAUUUCGGGAUCAGGAGGUGCAACUGAAAAUAAAGAUGGUUCGUGCCGUGGAAGAAGUAACGCUGGCGACUCCUAGGAGAUCUACUUCUCUUAACAGAAGCUCACCCAUCAAAGCUAUCACGGCUGGAGGAGAACCAGAAACAAUCCCGGAGUCUGCGGAGCAAAUUCAAUUGGGCAUGGCAGACUUUCUGGCAGUUCUGCAGCAAUGGGGCGAUGGAAUCAAGCAGACUGUUUACGAUUUUAUGGCCAACGAUGUCAACAAAAGAAAUAUAGUUGGUACUAUUAGGUUUUUGGGACUACUCAUCUUCUCGGCGGUGGGUGGAGCAGCGGUGGCGCUGCGCUUCCUUGGAGUCUUUGCCGUUCGCUUUCUGUUCGAGCUGAGCCGCUUCACUCAUACCGCCACUCCAAUAGUGUUUAAAUUGCUGGAAUUCCUAAACAAAAUCGUGGGAGCAAUCUUCAUACUCCUGACCAUGAUUUGGAAGGACCUAGUGAACCGCGGCCAGCCGGUCUCUAAGCAACCGCAAAUAGAGCCGAGCUCUCGUUUUAAACGUAUUACCUACGAGCGAUCAGAGCCGCAACACCGGAGCCCCAGGUGGUGACCCAAAAAUCUUACAGCUAGAUGAUUAACAUCAAACAUUAGAUCAGGGUGGAAGGGCAAAGAAAAAUCAUUCAAAUUGUGUUAUUAGCCGUAAGCCUGUAGCUCAGAUCAGAUCCCGAAUCACCGCAUAUUUGUAUCGCAAAUAUGGGCACCUUUGAGAUUUUAAAUUUUAGCCAAAUGCAAUAUAUAGUAAAUUAUUUGAUUGGAUUGCCAUUUGGGCACACAAUCGCAUGCUUAUUAACUCCCACUGUUAAUUCAUUGUGCAUUGUUCAAAAAGUUGUUUAUUUUAACCCAUUUAGUGUUAGGUCUUCUAAUUUAUGUAACGAAAAUUUUUGUGAAUAAAAAUUACUGCAAUAUGCGAACCGACAA